GAAGGCUUUUAUUGUGACACAAGGUUUAGGGUGAAAGUUGAAGGGUAUGUUGUAAACAUGGCACCUGGCAGUGUCAAGCAUGGAUUAUUAACCACAAAGUGUUUAUUGUUGCACUCGCUCCAAAGAAAGACAUUGCCAUGUCUACGGGCUUCAUCAAACUCGACUGCAGUGUCGCAGCACAACGAAAAAUACUGUAUCGACAUAGUGAGGUCUCGGGACUAUGAUGGUUUUGUGUCCUCUCUGCUCCUCCCUGAGGAGGCCCGGCGCUCCUCCCUGGCCUUGAGGGCCUUCAAUGUGGAGCUGGCUCAGGUGAAGGACUCUGUUUCCCAGAAGACUAUUGGUCUGAUGCGGAUGCAGUUCUGGAAGACUGUGGUGGAAGAUAUCUACAGGGACGAACCCCCCUUGCAGCCUGUCAGUGCAGAACUAUGGAGGGCGGUGAGGAAACACUAUUUGACUAAACGGUGGUUGCUCCGGAUUGUCUCUGAGAGGGAAAAAGACAUGGAAGAUAAGGCUUAUAGAAAUCUCCAGGAGUUGGAGGCCUAUUCAGAGAACACCCAGUCCUCACUGCUGUACCUGCUUUUGGAGAGUUUAGGUGUGAAAGAUGUCCAUGCGGAUCAUGCUGCCAGCCACAUUGGUAAAGCUCAGGGGAUUGUGACGUGCCUCCGGGCCACACCUUACUACAGCAGCAGGCGCAAGGUUUACCUCCCCAUGGACAUCUGCAUCCUGCACGGUGCCUCCCAGGAGGACUUCAUCCGUGGGAGCCGAGAGCAGAAUGUGAGGGACGUGGUGUAUGACAUCGCCAGCCAAGCCCAUGUACACCUACAACAUGCCAGAUCAUUCAGCAAGAACGUACCUGCUGCCGCCCUCCCUGCCUUCUUCCAAACGGUGGUGCUGGAGGACUAUCUUCAGAGAGUGCGGCGUGUAGACUUUGAUGUGUUCCACCCCAGCCUACAGAAAAGAAACCCGCUGAUCCCCAUCUAUCUCUACAUCCGCUCCUGGAAGAAGACCUAUUGACACCAAUACGCAACAGUGGAUUUCUAAAGACUCCUGAUGUCAGCACUACUACACAACAGGAUCCUGAUAUAAAACAUGCCUCUACAACUACACCAGCACGCACCCCUGUGAUGAAGGCUGAACCGCCGUGGACCAGAUUCAGGUCAUUGUGAAGUCAUGACUACAACAGCGGACACUGACCUGAAGCACUGACAUAUUUAAUAUGUGGUAAUAAAUUAUGUCGAAAUGUU